AUGAUAAGAUCAAUAUUGUGCUGCAGGCCAGUGCGACAGUUCCAUAGCAGUUUCCUAAGCCUCAAUAGCGCAUCACCGGCAUUAAAUGCAGGUAUAGCAAUUGAUGCCUGGCUCAAGAGAGGCACUGCGAAAUCAAAUAUCAAGAACAGAAAGAAAUAUGAUCAUCACCACAACGGUGAAAAUCGGAGGCGAAAGAAACCGAUGGCUGUUAGAUGGAGUUCAGGUACUGAAAGGGCAAAAGAAGCUGCUAACCACAUGCUAUCAAAGGUUUUUGAGACAAACUCUAAAGGUAACAUAAGGUUUUUUAAUCAAAUUUCUGGUAAAGUUGAGGACUCUAAUAUCAGGGAAUUUGCUAAAGGAAUUGAUUUAAGUCAACAUGGGAUAAACAUUGUUAAUAUCAUUAAUACUGAAACUGAACAACUACCAUUUGUUAAACUUGUAGAUACUAAGACAGCUCUAAAGAAAUACUCUGACUAUUUGGCAGAAAAGAAGGAAGAAGAGCUGAAAUCGAUGGGUCUGUUACCAAGAAAGUUCUUCGAAAAUUCUAAAACAAACGAGGACAACCUUAAACACAUCAAGAUCUCGUGGAGUAUAAAAGAGGAUGACCUAGCAAAACAAAAGGCUCAUGAUAUUACGUCGAUGCUGAAAAAGGGAAACAAAGUUAAUUUAUAUAUAGCAGAUAAAGAAGACCUUGGUGGUUCUAAGUGGAUGGAAAACUUUGAAAAUGUAGAAGAAGAAAAACCUCCUUCUAAGAAACGAUUAAGACCAUCCGAGAUUGAGAGGAGAGAAUCAAUAAUUGAGCAAUUAAAACUCUUGGUUUCUGAUAUAUCUACCGAUCCUAUUAUUGAAGGUAGAGCAAACGGUAAAAUGAUUAUAAGACUCACUCCAAAAGUAAAUAAAGAUGACAGUAUUGAUAAGAGAUCUUUGAAAGAACUAAAAAAGCAGCAACGAAUAGAAAAGCUAAAUAAAAAAUUACAAAGAAAAAAAGAGAGGGAGCUGCAAGAUGAUUAA